UAUCACACUAAUCAAUGUAGGAGGGCAGAAAUAUAAAGGGCCAAACUAGUUUCCACAGUCCUCUUGGGAAGAAAUAAGGGACUCUGGCAUCUGCUGUACUCGCUGCUUUGAGAAUUAUAUCUGUCUUUCAUAUUGCAGGUGAACGAGCCCAAAUAGAAGUCGGGUUGGCAAGCAGUAAAGGCAGCACAAAAAGAGCACUACAUCAUGGCCGAAGAACAGGCUGCAGCCCAGAGUGAGCAAUAUUUGCUGAGGUUUAAAGACUUUAACUUCAUAGGUUCACUGGUUAAACCAGAGUUUAUAGAAAGCAUGGAGGACUUCAAAAUCAAAGCCAGUGGUAUCUUUAUAGUCACCUAUCCGAAAUCAGGAACAGUUUGGACUCAGCAAGUAGUGAAUUUAAUUUUAUAUGAUAAGCAUCGGGAUGGAACAGAAAAUAUGGAGAACGCAAACAGAGCUCCAUGGUUUGAGUACAACACCCGCAAUAUUGAUUUUAACCUCCGGCCAAGCCCUCGUAUCUUUAGCACACACCUGCCAUACUAUCUGGUGCCCAAGGGUUUGCAGAGCCAAAAAGCCAAAAUUAUAUAUGUGUACCGAAACCCUAAGGAUGUCAUGAUCUCAUUUUAUCAUUUCUCAAAAUUCCUUACAAAACUAAAGACAUCAAACACAAUGGAGGAUUUCAUGGAGAAAUUUUUAGCAGGAGAAGUGUUUUCCAGUGUGUGGUUUGACCAUAUCAAGGGCUGGUACACUCACAAGAACAACUUCAAUAUUCUCUUUGUGUCCUUUGAGGAGAUGAAGAAGGACCUCAGAAAUGCUGUUCUGAAGAUCAGCAAAUUCCUGGGAAAGGAGCUGAGUGAUGAAGAUAUGGAGUCUGUGGUGAAACAAGCAACUUUUCAGAACAUGAAAAAAGAUCCCAGAGCUAAUUAUGAAAAUAUAAGUAUAGACUUUGGAAGUUCAGAGGCACCAGUUUUUCUUCGUAAAGGCACCAUUGGGGACUGGAAAAAUUACUUGACGGUGUCUCAAAGUGAAAAGUUGGACAAGACUUUUCAGGAGCAGAUGGAAGGUGUACCUUUAAAGUUCAUCUGGGAUAUGAAUGAAGACUUUUAGAUGCCAUGCUGCAGAAAAUCAAUCAUCUGAAAUUGAAUUAAAUAGAUGUGUUCCAGCACAGUAUUAUAGACCUCA